AUGGGUUUAAAAGAGUCGAAACAGUUCUACUUUAAUUGGGAAGAAGCCACGAAACGAGUCAACGAAGCUGAUCUGAAAAGAAUUAAAAGUGCUUUUAAGCGCUCAGGCGGUAGUUCCGGAUUUAUUAGCAAAUCUUCUUUUAUGCGUGAUGUCUUGGGCGAUGCUGUACCAUCCAAUAUUGCCGAGUUGAUGUACAUUGCUUUUGGUGGGACUAGCAAGGGAAUCCAUUUUAAAGAUCUAUUGAGUGGUUUACUGGUCAUCACGCAAGGGAGUCAUGAAGAAAGAACUAAAUUUAUUUUCAAUGCGUUCAACACUGAUGGCGGUUCUAGUAUAUCUAAAUACUACUUGGAAAAUACUAUUAAAGCUUGCGAUUCCCAUGUUCCUGAUUCGAUGUUUCGUAAUUUCUCACAUGGAGAUAGAAUUACCUUCGAUCAAUUCUAUCAAUGGAUAUCUCUUAAUCCCAAAGCCAUACAACUGUCAUCUUGGCUACUAUAUGAUAAUAGCAAAAUAACACUCACUGAUACAAGUGCUACACCAACAUUUUAUCAAUCAGUAGCAAGUAUCACUCAUUUUACGGAAAAGGACGUUAUGGAACUGGAAAAAAAAUACUGGGCUCUAAAAAACUGCUCUAAAUCUGGCAAAUUCGAUCUAGAGACCUUUAGUCGCUUUGUUUGCCCUCCACUUCCUGAAUCUUUAACUAAAGGGCUUUUCACUGCAUUUGAUGAAAAUGAUGAUGGCCAUAUCGAUUUUAAAGAGAUGGUUUGUGGACUAUCAUCGUUGUGCCGAGGGCCGCAUAACGAAAAGCGAAAAUUUUGCUUUCAAAUCUUUGACGUUGAUCAUGAUGAUCUCCUGUCUAAAAGUGAACUCUGUGAUAUGGCAUUAGUGUUAUUGGAAAUUCGUGAACGUUCGGCGUCCCCUAAUCCAAAACCUGUAGAUAGCUUACGAGAAACUGCAAAAUCCAUGGUUACUGAGAUUUUACAUCACUACGAUAGUGAUGAGGAUGAUUGCAUUACAAUUGAAGAAUUUCACCUCUGGAUGAUAACUAGCCAAUAUACAAAAGAACUACAGAGUCUGCUGCAACAGGUUGGUCACAUAGUUCUAGGGGUAUUACCACUUACGCGAGAAAAAGAAAAGCAAGUAAUCGUGGGUUGGCUUGAUCGAGCUAAUCGUCAUGGCUUUAAAUCGAAUGACAUAUGGUAUCUAGUUUCAAUGUCAUGGUGGCGAAACUGGUUGGAAUAUGUUGGAGCAAGUAAACAGAGCAACCAUACCAAAGCUUUGUCAUCAAGCAAAUUGAGUAUGCCUCCACUUAAUCGGAACGGAAAUCCUGCUAAUAAUCGACCUUUAAGUAAAUCACAUUCAUCACAAACAUUUAAUCAACGCCCUGUUAAUCUAAAUGGUAUCCUACCAGCUCCUGGGCUUAUUGAUAAUCUAUGCCUUGUUGAAUCGCCCAAUAGGAGAAUCCCCACACUAACAAAUGAAGGGGGAAGAUUAAAAAAGAACGUCAACCUUAUACCUAGACGUGAUUAUCAACUACUUCCAGAGGCUGUAUUCAAAGCGCUAUGUCAGUGGUAUGGUUGUAACUUAUCGCUACCUAGACAUGUUACUACCAACAAAGAUGGAAAAGCCGAAUUAGAAUUAUAUCCGAUUUGUGUUAAAAUUUUAAGGCAUACCUCACCAAAUCGAAAUAGCAAUUCUUCAAGCCUAUGGUCAACCGUCACCGGAUUUUCUGGAAUAACAUUUGGUGGUUUCGGUGGUUUUGGAGUAGCUUCUGUCAAUACGAAUGAAUCAAUUCCAAGAAAAUACCUAGCUUAUACCGCAUGCUACAGUCGUAAGAACACUUUAAAGCAAGUCCUUGAAUUUCUAGGUGCUCGAUUAAGGAUGAAAGUGGAGGACCUUCGCUUAUGGAACUAUAGCAAUGAAGAUUAUCCACAAUUAUUAGAAGAUGAGCAGGCUACAAUAGAAGAGUUGAAGUUAGAAGACGGCCAACAAGUCCUUAUUGAAGUUCGAAAUAUUGAUAUGACUUGGCCAGAAGAGAUGUAUCAACUUGCCAAGCGAGGUAAAGAAAAGGAUAUGCGGAUUGUUGCAAAAACAGAGAAAGGUGUUACAGGGUUGAGCAAUAUGGGCAAUACUUGUUUCAUGAAUUCUGCGUUGCAAUGCGUUAGCAACACUCAAGCCCUAACUAAAUAUUUUGUAAAGCAAGCUCAUCUACACGAAAUCAAUCGUGUAAAUCCUUUAGGAAUGAAAGGUAUUAUUGCUAAGCGUUAUGGGGAAUUAAUUCAGGAAUUAUGGAGUGGCAAUACGCGAUCAUUUGUACCGUUAAAGAUGAGGCUUACUAUCUGUAAGUACGCUCCAAGAUUUAAUGGCUUUCAACAGCAAGAUUCUCAAGAAUUACUUAGCUUCCUUUUGGAUGGAUUACACGAAGACCUCAAUCGUGUACACGAUAAGCCAUAUGUAGAGCUGAAAGAUAGUGAUGGUAGAAGCGAUGAAGAAGUAGCUCUGGAAGCCUGGGAAAACCAUAUCAAGCGUAACAAGUCUAUCGUUGUUGAUCUAUUUCAUGGUCAAUUAAGGAGUGCUGUCGCAUGCAAAACUUGCGAUCAUGCUAGUGUCACAUUUGAUCCUUUUACAUUUCUAUCCUUACCAUUACCAAUGGAUAAUAGUAUCUUUAUAGAGGUUACUGUUGUAAAUAUGGAUGGUUCUACUCAUACGAAGUAUGGUCUUUGUUUAAAUAGCGAAGGAAGAUACUAUGACGUAAAAGUAGCAUUGAUGGAUUAUACCCAACUGGAGCCAUCCCAAAUGUUGUUAGUUGAGCUUUUUGGUGCUCAAGUUAAAAAUUUCGUAUUAGAUACAGAAAAAAUUCGCUCUGGUUUUAUGGGUUUAUUAUACAUUUACGAGAUUGAUCUUCCAGUAGACGAAUCUUUCUCUUCAUCGCCUACAGUUGUAGAGGUAGUUGAAGCCUCAUCACCAGAGGCAACCAAUGAGAUCGACAAUAAAUCAACCAAUGAGAUUGACGAUAAAUCAACCAAUGAUAUUACAGAUGUGGAUAGUGAAGAAGCAACAUCCUCCAGUUGUAAGAACGAGCUCAUUCCUACUGCAGAUGAUCCUUUAUCAAGCAAUGAUAGCGAUCAUGAUGUGACAAAAAUUUCAAAAGAUAGGGGUAUAAUUUUUGAUUGCACUUCAAGCAGCCCAUCUAUUGAUGAUAGUAGCGGUCAUGAAGCGAUAAAAUUUCCUCAUGGCAAUUAUGUUGUAGCAAUGAAUCGUAAAAUGAUGAGAAUGGAUGUGUAUUACCUAGCUUGGCAAUCUCAGUUGCCUGGUCUAUUCGGAGUGCCUGUAAUAAUAUCUUGCCAACCGAAUACUUUAAAUUCAGAUCUAUAUGCUUUUGUUUGGGUGCAAGUUCAGCGAUUGGUUACUCCUGUAGAACGUAACGGCGGCAGUUCUAGAAGAUUUUGUCAUGGUUGCAAAUUAGAAUGUAAUGAUGAAAAAUUUAACUAUAAGAGUGGAUAUUUAGCUAUUGAUUGGGAUCCAACUGCUCUACAUCUUCGCUAUCAGUCGUCACAGGAAAAGCCAAUCUGUCACGAAAGCGUUGAGAUUAGCCGUCAGCAACUUUCUCAGCCUAUCGACUUAGAUAAAUGUUUAAGAGCGUUUACAUCAGAAGAAGAGCUUGGAGAAGAUGAAUCAUGGUAUUGUUCAAAAUGCAAGCAACAUCGAGUAGCUACUAAGAAGCUAGAAAUAUGGAAACUCCCUCCUAUACUGAUUGUACACAUGAAACGAUUUCAGUUUGUUGCGGGUCGUUGGAUCAAAUCGCAGAAGAAUGUUAAAUUCCCGCUUAUGAAUAUGGAUCCAUAUAAAUACGUGGUCGGACAUGAUGAUUCUUACAAAGCAACAUUUGCAAGUUCUGAAAUUAUAUCUUUAGCAGACAGUCACAAUCCGAACGCUAAUACUGAAAAAUUAACAUCGGAAGAGCAUAACAAUGAAGAUACAAUGCAUAAUUCCCAUGGUAGUGGAUCAGAUGCAAAUGUAGAAUCGCCAAGUACAUCCGAUGCUAAUCUUGACUCAAACGAAAUACUUGAAGUUUCAGAGACAAUAACUAGCGAUAAUGAGCAAUCUGUUGACAAUAACGACUUACGUAACGAAGUAAAAGAUAACGUAAAAGAAAACGAUGAUAAAGAAAAAGAUAGUGAAUGCAAUGAUACGAAUCACAUUAAAGCUGACGAUGCAGCUGAAAUUUCAGUUGAAGGUGCCACGAGUGGUAUUGAAAAGCGUCCGCUGUAUAAUCUUUACGCAAUAGCGAGUCACUCGGGAAUACUUGGCGGCGGCCAUUACGUAUCGUUUGCGAAAAAUCCGAAUAAUAAAUGGUACAUUUUUAACGACAGUAGUUGCAAGGAAACUACGCCUGAACGUGUUUCGGAGGAGUCUCCUUACUUAUUGUUUUACGAACGUGAGGAUUUGUUAUGCGAUAAGGUUAUCCCAGAUUUCUCUGAAAAGGAAGCAGUUGUUUUUCCAGAUGAAGAAGAUGAUGUAGAUGCGGAAGUAAAGAAAAUUUGUACUAUUCAAUAA